AUGCCUGAUAACUUUCCCCGUGAUAUCACCAUUGAUAUAUUGAUAAAACUUCCUGUGAGUUCUAUUCUAAGGUUCAAUUGCGUUUGCAAAUCAUGGCGUUCUCUAAUUGAAGAUCGUCAAUUCAUCAAACAACAUUAUGAUCGUUACAAAAAUGAUACAAAUUUCCAUAAAAUAUUUUUGGCUUGUAUAAAGUACCAAUACCAUUGCCAACAGUACUACUCCAAUGACGCCCCGUUUCAACAUGAUUCCGGUAUUUCUCUUCUUGAACAUCCUCCAAAAAUCAACCAUACAUUGACUAGAGAAUUUGUGGUCAGUUCUUGCAAAUAUGGUUUAUUUCUUCUAGCUUUCUCUUAUGAUAAAAUUAUUCUUUGGAACCCGACGAUCAGAGAAUCAAGAACAAUCCCUCGCGCAAUCCAAAUUGAGAAGGAGCGAUCAUAUGAUUUACGGUAUAGUUCUUCUUUAGAGAAUGACAAAAUAGUUUAUGGUUUAGGUUAUGUUUCUACUUUGGAAGAUUACAAAAUAGUUAGAGUAGGGCCUAAAGUUUCUCAAGGUGGUCAUAAUAUUCAAAUAUUUUCGACGAAAAAUGAUUCGUGGAAAUUGAUGGGCAAGUUGCCUCGUGACACGUACUAUGAUAGAGCCAUGGUUAUAGCUGAUGGAAUUGUUUACAUGAUUAGCCAUAAAAAGGGGAAGAAAUUUAUUCUAAGUCUAUGUUUGAAAAAUGAAAAAUUUGAGGAAAUAUUAUGUCCGGACGAGGAUUUAGGGAUUGUCAGUGAAACUCUAUUUACUAUAGGAGAAAGUCUUUUUUUAGCUAAGUUUUUGAGCCCUGUUAAUAAGAUGGUUGAUUUUGAAGUUUGGUGUAUGAAAAAGAAUGGAAUGAGUUGUAGUUGGAAUAUAAUGUUGACAAUUAUAAUUCCGUGUAUUUGGAAUGACAGAUUUUGGAUGCAGCCUGUGGGAUUUAUUAGGGAUGGAGAUAUGUUAUUUCUGAGGGAUAAAACUGAAUUUGUGAUAUAUGAUUCGAAACGACACUUCCAAAAGGUUAAAGUAGUUGAGCUUGAAGAAUCACUUUGUCUCAAUUGGGCUGUAACAUAUGUGGAGACAUUAAUCUCUCCUAAUGCUAUAUAG